UUAGCAACUGAGGUAAACAGCUGAAUGCGAAACAACAAGAACUUCACACCUCUUCCCUAUUAUGUUUAUGUGAAAUAUCGCGUGAAUAUAUGCUUUUAUAGAAACAUUUAUUUCUUGUAGAACAUCGUGCUUGAACGUAGGAUGGGUUCCGUUAUUAGUUAUUGUUAAAACAAUCUGAUAUUGGAAUAAAUCAAGUCAUAUGACACAAGGUUGUGCUCCUAAAGCUACCUGCUUAUGUCUGGGGCCUACAGGGUCGGGCAAGAGCCUAUUGUUAAGGAGACUCCAGGAUCGCCAUGUGGUGGAUCACACAACUGCUACUGUGCCCACUGUUGGCACCAACCUGGUUACUGUACCUCUUCCUGACCAUACACAGGUAACUAUCCGAGAGCUGGGGGGCUCCAUGGCUCCAAUCUGGCACCAUUACUUCCAAAAUAUUACCAGAGUGAUGUUUGUGGUUGACGCAAGCAACCUUUGCCAGAUAGCGGCCGCAGGAGUUCUCCUUUACACCAUACUGUCAGAGCCUCAGUUACAGAAUGUUAAGGUUUUAAUGGUUUUGGCAAAAAUGGAUGCAUCCUACAGACAGAUGCGCAAUGAGGCUUUACUGAUGCUGCAGUACAGAAGACUGAAGCAAGAGGUUCCUCAACACAUCACUACUGCAGAAGUCAGUGCCACCACUGGUGAAGGGUUGAACAUGAUUAUCGCUUGGCUUGGUGAAAAAUAAUUACAUUUCAGAGCUUUAUACAAUUUAAUAGUUUUCUUUCUUUUGCUUAUAGAUUAUUAUAUAAUUUUGUUGAAGUAUAAAAGUGGCAUCGGGGAAACUGUUGAGGAAAUUUAUUUUAUGAGAAUGAAAUAUUGAGCUUUGAACUACAUUCAAUCAGUUUUGGUUUACCCAAUUUUGCUAUUUAUUCCAAAAGAAUUAUACAAUAACAUUCAAUUGUAUAAAGGAACUUCAGACAUUUCAACAGGUUUGUCUGUAGUCAAUAAUUAUAUUAUUAAAUUGUUUUUAUUUGUGUGGUUAA